AUGUCUGCUAAUGAUGUACUACGUUCCUUAUUGGAAACCAGAACGGAUAAGAAACUACACGGAGCGAAUCUUCUGCAAGCAAACACCAACAUAACACGACCGAAACAAGCAACACUAUCCAAUGGGCGUCGAAUUACGCUGAAACCAAGAACAACGGAACUUGAUUCCUCUAUCUUUGACAUGAGAAAGGAGGGAACCUCUGGUAAUGGAUACCAUGACAUGGAUGCACUGUGGGAGAAGUUGAGGAUCGAGGAAAAAACGACCAAAGAGCUCUCUGAAUUUGAUUCACACAAUAGAGAGUUGGAACAAGGGGCCAACGAAUUACGAAACCUAUCUAAUAAGAGGAGAGUGAAUACAUUAUGGACAGAAAAAUACAGGCCGAAUAAGUUUAUUGAUUUGAUUGGCAAUGAAAAGACCAAUGCACACAUUCUCAAAUGGUUGAAUGAUUGGACCUAUGUAGUUAAGGGUGGUAAAUUGAUCGAUAGUAAUACUUAUGGCAGAGAUAUGAAUAUAGAUCCAUUGAAGAGACCUAGGAAAAAAGUUUUGCUAAUUCAUGGUCCCCCAGGAAUAGGUAAAACCACGAUUGCCCAGUGUGUUUGUAAACAGCUGGGUUAUGAAAUGCACGAGAUUAAUUCGAGUGAUGAGAGAUCCGGGCCAGCAGUCAAGGAUAAAGUGCAAAAUGCCAUCAAGAUGAGGAGUUUAAGUGGUAAAGACGUCUGUUUGUUACUGGACGAAAUUGAUGGUGCUGUUGGUAGCGAAGGUGGGUUCAUUCGGGUGUUGAUCAAUCUAUUACAGAAGGAUUUAAAGGCAACCGAGGAAUGGAACAGUUUUAGCAAGCUAAAAUACCACAAGAAGGAGCAUUUUAUCAGAAGACCAAUUAUUGCAAUGUGUAACGAUAUUGGAGCACGUUGUCUCGACCAACUAAAGCCUUACUGUGAGGUUGUUUCCUUUAAGAAAAGUAGUAAAAAAAGCAUCAAGAAGAGGUUGAAGAUGAUAUUGGAGAGUGAAAAGGUGGGACCAAUCAACGAAUCACUGCUUGAUGAUUUAAUUAUAUCGCUUGAUGGAGAUAUUCGGAAUUGUAUAAAUUUUCUCCAGCUUAACUCCAAAAACCUGAAUGGUAGAAUAAAAGAUAGUGAGAUAGUAUGGUUUCAACUAUUAAAGGAAAUUUUCAACUUGGAGAAUCAAAAUAUAAGGAACAAAAAGGGUAAGAACGUUAUAUUUAAGGAGUUGAUGAUAAAAUUGAGCAAUUCCUCAAGUGAUUUGACGAGGAUCAACAAUGGGUGUUUCAAUCUAAUGCUACAGUUGAACGACGAAUAUGAUAAUAACUUGAAAAAAUUAGAUGAAGCAUCUGAUUGGCUCUACUUUCAGGACAUAAUAAGUAAGAACUAUACAUUAUUUGAUAAGGAAGAACUACAUUUCUACGAGGCAGUGACACCAUUAAGAUUUUUCCAGUUGUUUGCUAAUUUCACCGACGGACAGUUCUAUGAUAAGAAUGCCAGAUUCAAUUUUAAGAGCCAGGACAACUUUGAACUAAGGAAACAAGUCAAUGAGAUGAUUAGCACCUUGCUCAAGGGGUACAAGUUAAGGAUUGAUCGUAAAGUUUUGAUUACCAACGAGAUCUCAAUGUUGAAUUACAUAGUAGUUCCGAAUGUUAGUAAAACGGCCAAGGAGUUCUCCAAGGACGACAAGAAGGUUGAGAGAGUGUUGGAGAUUCUCAAUGAUUUAAGUAUUCGAAUUGAAACAUAUAAUGGUGGUUACAAUGGUAGAGGGGACACAAAUGUGAAUGAAAAUGGUCAACGGCGUACAGUAGUGUCUAGGAGUAAUACCUACAAGUUCAAGCCCGACAUUGUUAUUGGGUUGAUUGAUUGCAACAGUACCAACAAGACUGCAGCGGAGAGCGAUUGGCGAGGCUACGGAGCAAGUUAUGCUACUUUGAAUACUACCAGGGCAACGCCAUUUAUAGAAGUCCUUGACGAAGUUUAUCGAACCAGUCUUCGGAAACACCAGGAGGCGAACAAGAUCCUCAAGAGGGAGAGAGAGAAGAAUGUGGAAGAUCCUGAAGUUGCAAAGAAGCGUGCUGUUAGCAGUGCAGAUUAUUUUAUAAAGCAGUACAACACCUUCCACUCCCAACUCCACAAGAAUGAGGCAAAUGGCGGUAUCUCCGGGAGGGGUGUGAUGGCUGAAAAUGAGAAUCGGAUCCUCGUCAAGUACCAUGAAGGCUUCUCCAACGCCGUGAGAAAGGAACUCGUAUGGAACUCACUCUUUAAAUGA